CACACUAAAGAGAAUCCAAUUAUUACAGAACAGAAAACACCAACUAAAACCUGACCUUUCUGGCCUUCCUUGAUGCAAAAUCAUCAGUGAUGUCAUCGUAUGAAAUACGCUCCCAUACUGAGUGAUUGAAUCUGAUGACGGCAAGGCCAGUGAGCCGUUCCUGGGACAUGGUUGACAUCAGGCUAUCUGGGGUGCAGUCCAGAAAAGACAAUGGUCACUGAAAUCCAUUGGGAAUACACAACUAUGCAUAUCAUUAUGAGGUGUAUUGGUAAGAAUGAGAUCUAACAGGGAUGAACAACUGGGUAUGUUCAUAUUAGGUCAUCUGGGUUCUGCGAUCAUUUGGUAAGAUGAACUCAUUACACACAUGUUUUAAGUCAUCAGCUGCUGGAGAGAUCCAGUCUAGGUUAAAGUCCCCUAAAAUGACAGCUUCAGAAUUAACCAGAUAAGUGAAUUGCUCUGAGAGACUAUGUAGUGCAUUGGGAUUGGCAGAGGACGGUAAACAGCCACCGAGUUUUACUCUAAUGGCUAGCCUAGGCCUAAUAAAUGAAACUGACCCAGUACAAGUGGAAACUCUUACAGAGGAACUUAAACUGUUUCUAGCAUAAAUAACCACGCCACCACUCCAGUCAUUAACCAAGAUUCUGAAAUGACAAUGACGUCAGGGUCAGAGUCCUAUGCUUAUCUUUUCUUUCUAUCCUUCUUAAGAACAGAUAAUAUGAUGCCACAUUACAUUUCAAAUUAAAAACUGCAGCAGUAAAUGUAAAAGUAGAAAACCGUACAUUUCAUAAUACAGUACAUAAUUGCCAUUUCACCCUUCCAUUUAGGCUAUUACAAUAUGAAGACUGAAAAUAUAACAAGACAGUGAGACUUUAUGGACCUUGUCUAAAAUCGUAUCUUGUGUAAACAGGGUUAAUUCAACAGUCGACCAAAAACUGGGCAGGGCUUGUUUAUCCGGAAACCCAACUGAAACAGUAACAGUUUGUCCCGACAGCCACAAGCAAACUGGAAACUGUCCCCAUGGAUGAUCAACUCACUCUGUGUGAGGACAACCUUUCCUGCCCAAUAUGCUGUGACAUCUUCAGGGACCCUGUGACACUGAAGUGUAGUCACAGCUUCUGUCAGGAGUGCUUGCAGAAGUACUGGAAGGACCUGGAAGUUCUGCUGUGUCCCGUCUGCAGGAAGAAUUGUUCGUCUGAGGAGCCCACACUGAGCCUGGCCUUCAAGAGUCUCUGUGAGUCUUUAAAAAGAACAAACAGGGCUUUUCAACCUGACCAGCAGCUAUGCCCCUUGCAUGAGGAGAAGCUUAAAUUGUUCUGUUUCGAUGACAAGCAGCCUAUUUGUGUCAUCUGCCACACAUCAAAAAAACAUAAAAAUCAUGUGUGUUCUCCCAUUGAGGAAGCUGUGGAGGAUUUAAAGAAGGAAAUGGAAAACGGAAUUUCUGAUAUUAAUCAAAGCCUCAACAUCCUGAAGAAAACAAAACAUGACCUUGAAAACAUGGCCACUCACAUAGAGACUCAGGCACAAUCGGCAGAGCUGCAGAUUAUUCAGGACUUUGAAAAAUGUUAUCAGUUCCUCCGCAAGGAAGAAGAAGCCAAGCUUGUGGCCCUGAGAGAGGAAAAGGAGCAGAAACACAGAGACCUGGACAGCAGAAUAGAAAGGGUUCAUGGAGAGAUUACUACUUUGUCAGAAACUGUUGACAGAGUAAAAAUUCAAAUGGAAUCCGAUGACAUCCUGUUUCUACAGAAGUACUAUUCAAAUCCCGAGAGACUCAAAUGCUCAACACCAGAAUCAGAGGAUUUGUCAGGUGCCCUGAUCGACAUGACCAAACACGUCUACCCUCUGAAUCAUGAACUGUGGUUACAGUCAUUUCAUCAAGCCUGCCCAAUGACUCUGGACCCAAAUACGGCCUCAUUCAAGCUCAUCAUUGCCGAUCAUCUCACUUCACUUACAUACACAGAGGAAAGGCAAACAGUACCUGAUAACCCAGAGCGAUUUCAAAUUGGCGUACUGGGAUCAAAGGGCUUCACUGCUGGUCGUCACAGCUGGGAUGUUGAGGUCGGUGACAAUGACAAUUGGACCCUUGGAGUGGUGAGGCAGUCAAUCCAACGGAAGCAGCUGCUGAAAAUGCAACCAGUGAGUGGAUUGUGGAGCAUCCGUUUUAUCAAUGGGAAGUACAGGGCUGGUGUCAAGACUCGGGCCGAGCUCAAAGUAGCCGAAAGACCUACAGUCAUCAGAGUCCUACUGGAUUACGAGGGUGGGGAGGUGUCAUUCUCAGAUCCAUCUGUAAAUAUUACUUUGUACAGCUUUACUGAUGUGUUUACCGAGGAAAUGUACCCCUACUUCAACAGUACAAGUUUGAAAUGUCCACUGCGCCUGUUUCCCCUAACAGUCUGAAAGAGCUAAUAGAUUUUGUAUCACUACUGUAAUAAAUGAUUGAAUAGACCAACAGAGAGCUCUGUCUUGUCACUUUUAAAUGAACCAAGUAGGCUUUCUCCAUAAUGCUCUACAGAUGUAUGCCUCUCCGUUUACCCAUGGCGAGGGACUGAAAUGUCCACUGUGCCUAUUUUCCUUAACAGUCUGAAAAAAACAAAUAGACUUAAUUUGUGUAUCAAUACAAUAAAUAACUAAAUGGAUCAUCA